AAGUUCAGAAAUUAGUGUACACUAAAGGAGAGAAACUGUAUUAUAGGGCUUACAACAGUAGAAAGUAUGUUCACAUGCACAAUGAUGAGGGUGUCAAGGAAAUGCUUUCUAAGAUGGAAUUUGGCAAGCAUUAUGUGCAAGUAUAUGUUGAUUCUGGUUCCACAAAUGAAUGUAGAGGUGAUAAUAAGCAAAAAGGCAUAGUAGAUGUGCAACAGGAGUUGAUGAUAAUCACAGAUGAGGAGUAUAUUGUAGAAGAAGAAAGUUCUGAAUCAGAUGGUCUCAGUUUAGAUGAAAUAGAAAGUUGUGAAUUAGAUGCACUUGGUCGACUCAGUGGAGAAGAAUUGGACCAGCUUAUUGAUAAUUUUCAUGAGGACAGCACAGAUGGGGAGUAUAUUCCAGAAGAAGAAAGUUCUGAAUCAGAUGGACUGAGAGGGUUUAGUGAAGAUGAUGAUGUCAGUCAUAGAAAGAAAAAGACAUAUGAU